AGCCGCCGCCGUGUGUGUGCGGUGAGAAGGAAAAAAAGGAUGUGACCGGAGCAUUACGAAAAUGGGCGCCCGCGGUUGAUGUCGGUCGGUCGGUCGGAGCAGCAGCAGCUAUUAUCAAUUCAGUCGCCGCGUUCUUUGUACCACCGCCGCCGCCGCCGCCGCCGCCGCCGCUCCGGAAAGACCGCCGACGUACGUCUACGUACGCGGCCGCCGCGGUUAGUAGUCGGACGGCAGACAAUGGUGCGUUACGUCCGCCGCCGCCGCCGUUGAAUGUCGCGCGCGAUAUUAAUAUAAUAAUAUUAUUAUUAUUCUCUCGUCACCACCUCCGAGAAAGGGCCGUGCGCGCCAUCCACUAUUAAAUAUUAUUAUAUUGUAAUUGCUAGUCGUUUUUGAAAGAAAUAAAAUCGAAUCUACAUCGUCUUCGUGUUUUAAUACAUAGGUAUCUAAUUGCCCAUAAUUAAUUUAUUUCUACUAAAAUAAUAUUAGCCUUAUAACUAUAUUAUAAUAUUAUAUGGUCGGCGGUGUCUAAGUAGGUAGGGUAUCGUUGAAUUUUUUUGUCUCGUCGAAAUCCGGAUCCUCACCUCCGCCGCUAUGAUUGGCGUUGAGAAGAAAGACGACGGCGACCGUUCGGCUGUUUCAAUGGACCAAACGUUCACAGGCACCAUACGCAUAAAGCUCUGUGAGGCCUCUGGCCUGCGGCCCACUGACCUGCAGACACGUCUCAAGAACAUGUCAUUUCUAAAACCUGAGGACCCAUUGCUGGACGCAUACGUCAGCAUCGAUGUCGACGACAACAUACUGCUCCGGUCGUCCACUGUGCCCAAAACCUAUGAUCCUGUCUGGAACGAGUAUUUCACCCAAGACGUUCAUGACGCCAACCGACUGGGCUUGACAGUGUUCCAUGAUGCUGUUAUUGAAGACUUGUUUGUAGCCAAUUGUAAGCUGUCAUUCAGUGAACUCAUUCAACGUGAAAUAUCAGAGGAUCAAGAAUUCUGGGUGCAUUUAGAACCGCAAGGAAAGUUGCAUCUUCGAAUAGAUCUGAAAUGGAAUUCAAAAGAAAUAAAUUCAUCAGAUUUACCAGUUCGCCCAUUGGAAUUCAAAGAACGACAAGGCCUAUUGAACCGAAGACGUGGAGCCAUGAGGAGACGAGUACAUCAAGUGAACGGACAUAAGUUUAUGGCGACAUUCCUCAGGCAACCAACGUUUUGUUCACAUUGCAGAAAUUUCAUAUGGGGAUUUGGCAAACAAGGAUAUCAAUGUCAAGUUUGCACGUGUGUGGUCCACAAACGGUGUCAUAUGGAAGUGGUGACGAUCUGUCCAGGAUUCGGGAUGAAAGAGUUGAGUCAAGGAAACCAAUCUCAACGGUUCAGUGUCAAUGUUCCUCAUAGAUUCAAACCACAUACUUAUAAGAUAUUUACGUUUUGUGAUCAUUGUGGUUCGCUACUUUACGGAAUCUAUAGACAAGGACUACAAUGUGAAGUAUGUACUCUAAAUGUGCACAGGAGAUGUGUGAAAAACGUCGCGAAUAACUGUGGCAUUAAUCCUCGCGAAAUGGCAGAUACAUUACGAAGCUGUGGUUUGAAUGUCAGCAAAAAUGUUGACUGGCCUGGUGGAAAUGGUAGUUUUAGCAUCAGCAGUGUUUCAGGAAGUGGAAGUGGUUUGCACCGUGAUCUCAGUCAACAAUCUUCCACUACCUUAUUGAGCAUAAUGUCUGAUAAGCAUUCCUCACACGACAAACGAAGUAACGACAAAAUGUCUAAAAUGAAUCAAAGCAUGAGCUGUUUUAACUUAGGUAAUCGAAAAAUGAGUGUAACAGAUUUUACUUUCAUAAAAGUGUUGGGCAAAGGAAGUUUUGGCAAAGUGAUGUUGGCUGAAAAACGAGGAACUGAUGAAGUCUACGCUGUCAAAGUGUUGAAAAAAGACGUGAUUGUGCAGGACGAUGACGUUGAUUGCACCAUGACUGAGAAACGUAUUUUAGCUCUCGCGGCUAAACAUCCGUUUUUAACGGCUUUACAUUCUUCUUUUCAGACCAAGGAUCGGUUAUUUUUCGUCAUGGAAUAUGUGAACGGUGGCGAUCUGAUGUUUCAAAUACAAAGGGCUAGGAAGUUCGACGAGCUACGCGCUAGAUUUUACGCAGCAGAAGUGACACUUGCUUUGCAGUUCUUACAUCGGCACGGUGUAGUUUAUAGAGAUUUGAAGUUAGACAACAUAUUAUUGGACAACGAAGGCCACUGUAAGCUUGCUGAUUUUGGAAUGUGCAAAGAAGGAAUAAGUGACGGAGUAACUACUACCACAUUUUGUGGAACCCCUGAUUACAUAGCUCCUGAAAUUCUUCAAGAAUUAAAUUACGGAGCAAGUGUCGACUGGUGGGCCUUGGGUGUUCUUAUGUAUGAAAUGAUGGCUGGCCAACCGCCAUUUGAAGCUGACAAUGAAGAUGAUCUUUUUGAAUCUAUUUUGCACGAUGAUGUUCUUUAUCCUGUGUGGCUCAGUAAAGAAGCAGUUUCCAUUUUAAAAGGGUUCAUGACAAAAAACCGUAACAAGCGUCUUGGCUGUGUGGUGGCUGAUGGCUUAGAAUCAGCUAUAAGAAUCCAUUCAUUUUUUCGAGAUUUGGAUUGGGACGCCUUAGAAAACCGUCGUGUCAAACCGCCUUUCAAACCAAAAAUUAAAAAUAAAAAAGACGCGAUGAACUUCGAUGCUGAGUUCACUAAGGAAGAACCAGUAUUGACACCUGUGCCCGUGGAUGUAACUUUAUCUAUUAACCAAGAAGAAUUUCAAGGGUUCUCAUUUGUCAAUUUCGACUUCAAUCCAAGCAAAUUCAUCUCUUCUCAAUCUUCAGAUUCUUCUAAAUAAUAAUAAUCCUACAAAAUAAAACAUUUAAUUUUGCUGAAAACCGAUUCGAAGAGAAUUUUAACGAACAAUCUGCAAUAAACAAAAGUGAUUGUUAUGUGAUAUGCACAAGUCUACAUAUUGGUAUUAUUACUCACGAGUUGCCUCUAAUAUAGUAUAUAAAAAACUUCUAUUAAGAUUAUCACUCUAAUGUUUGUCUAGUCUAGGAUCAAUUAAGCGAAUCGAUCGAUCCUGCAAUAUUGAUUAGUUUAGCUAAAUCUAAAGUACCUAAUUUAUUAUUAAAGUAAAAUAUACCCGUGCUCGAAAUGAUCUAGAAUUCUAUCGUAAAUUAAACAGUAUUAUUUUGCAUUUUAUUAUAUAACCAAACUAGUCACUAUAUUAUUAUCGAUCGUAUAAUCACCCUCGAAUAUCACUCAAUUAUUUAAUAUGUAUAUAUGUUAAUUGAACGUUAAUUUACUGCGAAUUACGAUACUUAUUAUUUUUUACUACGCUAUGUAUUUUUGUUUAACAUUAUAAAUGUCUAUACAAAAUGACCAUCAAAUAUUCGUCAAUCUUAAUGACAUACAAUUCCGUGUGAUGUGACCGAAACUGAAUUCACAUAGUAACACAUAAGUAACGUGAAAUUCUAAUACUUACCUACGAAUUUGUUAUGAUCUAAUUAUUAUAAUAUAUUAUUAUAUAGUAACCAACGUCGGAACUUUCAAAUUAAUUUAUAAUUAUUUUGCUGCCUAAAACGCGUAAAUAGUCCAAUAAAAAAAACAUCGUGGAACUUUGGACGUAUUUAUAAAAUAUAUACAUACCCUUGAAUAAAAUAUAUAUAUACAUAUUAUAAAUAUUAUAUUAUUUUAUUUAUAUGUAUAUUAUAUAUUAUUAUUAUUUUUUAUAAAUAAUAAGUACGUCCCGAGGAUCUCAAAUGCUUUGAAAGCGGCUCGUCCAACAAUGGACUCAAAACUAAUGUAUUAUAAAUUAUAAUUUAAAAUUAGUCUCGGGUUACCUGUAUCGAACAACAAUCAUUUUUAGAUUUAAAUACAAACUCGAUUAAGUCAUAAUAUAAUAUAAUAUAUUAUAUAGAUUAUAGGUAUAUUAUUAUUAUAAAUUUUAUUGUAAACUAGUUUCGUUAAAAAAGAAAAAGGAAAAAAAAACUAUAACAAAUUUAUUUUUAAAAACAAUUGUAUUGUUUUUUUUUCUCAGAUUAGACAUAAAAGUGUGUUCAUUCAAGUGGCCUUUAAAUGUUUAAUUUUUAGUAAAGUACGCAAUAUAAUAUAACGAAGACACGGACCAUUUAGUAAAUAUAAAUAUAUCGAACAAACAUUACCUAUGUUUCAUGUGUUAAAAUAGGAUAUCAAAAUAAUUUAAAGGACAAUUUAUUGAAUGGCCAUACUCGUAGCCCGUACAUAAACAAUAAAAUAUAUAAUGUAGAAUAAUACGCUACAGACGUUCUUCUAUUUUAUUCUUUUUUUAAACGUGACCUGCAGCAGAACAGGGUCGUAUUGUGGAACGGUAUGUACAAUAUCGAAUCUGUUAUCUGUUUAUCCGCACUAAUUAAUAUUAUGUUUAAAUUAUUUGGUUUCUACGGCACUAGAACCGCGUAUAGGAAUAAUGAUAUGUAAUACGCGCAAACGAACGAUCGCUUCCGCUGCCGCCGACGAUACGGUACGAAAUAUUUCGCUUUCGGUCGAAAAUGGACACGUCUAGGUACCUGAAUAGUUUUCGUCUUGCAGUUGUCAUGUGUUAGGUACACAUCAUUGCACAGAAUAAUAUGUUCAAAAGACGUAAUAUUUUGCGACCGUUUCACGUUAUCCCGCUAAUAUUAUUAUACUAGGUGUAUCUGGAAGAUUUAUGACAUGUUUAAAUAAAUGUAAUUUUAGUGAAAAAUCCUCCAGGUACACCCGGCAUAGGGUAAAUAUAAUAAACGAGUUCCCAACGAUCAUGAAAUAUAAACGCAUACGAUUUUUCAACCCAACAACGCAAUAACGACGAUUCAAGUCUCCGUGUACAGUGUACACAUGCGAUAAUUACGUACUUGAUGGCGGAUGAUUGGUGCACUUAAUAAUAUUACCGUGUUAUUAUAAUAUUAUUCUCUGUGCGUUUCAGCUUCGGCUUUUCUGCCAUUUGUUAUUUUCGGUGUGUUUAUCUUAACGUUAAUAAACGCUUAUAAAACGUUAAUAUUCAAACACCCGCACUUCGUCAUCGACAUCGGUGCCACUUUUAGAAGACUUCUCAAACCAAUAACGCAUAUUAUGUUGACGAUUCCUAUAGGAAAACGAUUAAAAUCAGCAGAUUUUAAAUCUGAUCCAUUGGAAAUAUUUCGGUCGUUGUAUAGAUCAACUGGUGUGCCGCAAAUUCAUAUAUUACAUUUCGAUUGAUCCUCUACAAACGUAAUAUUAUAUUGAUUUUCAGUGGAAUUUGUGUGCGUAUUAGAAUUGUUAACCAAAAACCAUAUAUUACUCGUUUUUAUAUUACUUAUAAGUAUUUUAUAUCACAAUAUUAUAUUAUUGCUUACUCGACCGAUUAGCUUGUAAUAAUACCGUGUGGGAAACGUUUAAACGACGCAUUCGAUUCGAGAUUUUACUGUGUAAUUUGCGGUUAGAUUUUAAAACUGACAUUCGUAUUCUGCUAUGCCAGCAAUAUUGUGCCAACGAUACUUAAUGGAGAUUACCAGACUUGACACUAAUAAUACGGACGCGGCUUUUAUUUUUUCUUGUUAAUCGUCCGGGCUUUAGGAACAAAAUAAAGUAACCGUAUAUAACGACGAACUUUUAAACCGUUUGGUUUGUUCAGAUCAAACAUUCAUAUAGGUACAUGUAAACCGUACAUCUAAUACCUAGUUACGUGUUAGAUUCGAACGGAAAGCGAAUAUCCUAAAUAAUGCAAGACGUGUUGUUAUACUUUUACAAUAUUAUUAUACCCCACGAAUAAUAAAUAAUAAUAAUUUCGAACAACUAAGAAUUAUCUCAUCGACCCCUGUAAAUAUAAACACAUAAUAAACAUACACCGUCGAAGGAUUUUACGGAAACUUUAUAUUAUUACGAUAUAUUAUAUAAUCGAUACAUAUAUUAUAAUAUUACAUAUUAGGUACCUACUAUACACGAUUUAUAAAAUAUAAUAUAUAUACAUUGUAAAUUGUAAUGGCACUAAUAUAAAAUAUUAUGUAACUUCACGACGUGCAACCCUUCCACCGACACUGUUCUACAAUAUUUGAAACAUAAUAAUUAUAUAUUAAUACAAUAAUUUUGAUAUAGAUCUGCUUAGUUUUCGUUUACAACAGUAGAUUAACGUUAUUUUACAUACGGGUUCUAACGGAUCAUAUUUAUAUCUAUAAAUAACAUAUUUUAAAAAAAAUAUGUCUUUUUAACGUUUCCUAUUUAUAAUAUAAUAUUAUACUAUAUACGAUUAUCCUCAUAAAAGCAAUUUAAGAAUUAUGUACAAUUUAUAUAGACAUUUUUUUUUUUUUUUUUACAGCUAUUGAUAUAAAUAGGCUUAUCAAUAACGAUAAACGUGUUACUUAUAGGUGUUUUCAUAUUUUGGUCGGAGACCGUAGUUUAUAGCUUAAUUUUUUAAUGAUUUUGUUAAUUUGAAUUCUAUGAAAUCCGAACGACUUUACGAUGACGAUGACGACGUACCUAUUUUGGAAUAAUAAAAAAAUUAAAAAAAAAAAAAGAUAAAUAAAUAAAAUAUAUUAUUAUAAAAGCUAUUAGUGAUAAUAACUUAGGUUUAAUUAUAAAAAAAUUCUAAUAUAAUAUAUACCAUUAGUGAUUAAUUAUCUAUAUAUUUAUAUAUACAUAUAGAAAGGCGUAAAAAUAUGUCAACAUGACAUAUUAUAUUAUUUACUUUUAAUGUUCAAAACUGCGUCGUUUAUAGUAUAUAAUAUAAUAUUAUAUUAUUAUAUACUCGUAUUAUAUUAUGCACAAUUAUUUACGUUGUCCGAAUUGGAUAUAUUAUUAUUAUUAUUAUUAUUAUUAUUAUUAUUAUUAUUAUUAUCAUUACUAUAAUAGUGUUAGGAAAACAUACAACAAAGCAUUACAUUUUAUUAAUACGCAAUUAUCAUUAGUUAAAAUGAUUACCACUUAUAUAAAGAACAUUUAUGCACUUAAAUUUAUUAAUUAAUUAUAAUACUACGUUCAUUAUAUUAUGGGCUUGUCAAUUUUAUUUAUUUGUUUCAAUCUUCUUCUGGGUGCUGAAAACUUCCCAAUAUUUGUUAUUAUUACUUAUUAUUAUUUACGUUAACAAUGUUAAUUGUUCGUGGCUAUGAAAAGUUCACUGAUUAUUUUCCAAAAGUCUUUUUAUUUUAUUAUAUAGAUGUAGGUAGUGUAAUAUGUAAUAUUACUGUAUGGUUUUUAAUCAUUUUAAUAUUAUUAUAGUUUUUGUGUGAAAAUCACGUGUUCUAUUAAACUAUAUUUAUGUUUAAAUAAUUAAUUUUAUAAUACAUUGAUUGGAAUCAAAUAUAUACCUAGUUAUUUUUGUUAUUCUGUUUAACAAACUUUAAAAUCUCAUCCCAAAAGUUAAUUAUUUAACGUUUAUUAUUAUUAUUAUUAUUAUUACUCUAAAUCAAUGAUUAUAUGUAUAUCUCUAAAUAUUAUAUGCAAAACGACCUAGUCAUCACAUAUUUGUUAUCACCAAGGUACUUUUAGGAAUUAUUAUCAUUAUUAUUAUUAUUAUUAUUAUUAUUAUUAUUAUUAUUAUUAUUAUUAUUAUUUUUAUUAUUAUUUUUAUUAAUGAUCAUACCUCUAUCUUUGUUGUGUACGCAGUGUAGUUUUUUUUAGUUCAUGUUUUUUCUAUUCAGUAUUAUUAAUUAAGUUUAUGUAAUUUUAUUAUAUUUCUAUAUGUUUUAAUGAUUUUUCCUUUAUAUGAUUUAAAGCCGUUUGUUUUUAAAAUGUUUUUCGUUUCAUAACUAUUAUGUUAUAAUAAUGUAUUAUUUUUGAUGUUGUUGAAUUUGUUUUGAGUCAUUACAGUUACGUUAUAAUUUUGUGCCAAAAUGUGUGUUUAAAUUAAUAUUGUAUUUGAUCGGUAUUUAAUUUAAUAAUUUUUCAUUUAUGUCUAUUCCUUUAAUACCUCGCGCUUUUUAAAAUACUAAUAAUGAGUUAUACAAUUUAAAUUUUAUGUUAUUUAUUAAUAAAAACAAAUUAUAUUACUUUGAUAUGUUUUUAAAAAAAGAAAAAAUCAUGCUAUAGCUUACAGGAAAUUGUAAUUUUAAUAAUUAAUUUUAACAUUUUUUGUUGUUGUUUUUUUUUUUUUUUAAUAAAAUAUCAA